AUGGAGAAUCUAAUUAAUCUCCUCAACAAACUACAGAAGGCAUGCACAGCCCUAGGCGACUUCGGUGAAGAAUCCUCUCUUCCUACUCUCUGGGACACCUUGCCUACAAUCGUCGUCGUCGGUGGUCAGAGCUCUGGAAAAUCAUCUGUGUUGGAGAGUGUAGUUGGCAAGGAUUUUUUGCCUUGUGGUUCUGGAAUUGUCACUCGGCGUCCUCUUGUUCUACUACUUCAUAAGAUCGAAGAAGGAAAAGAAUAG